GCCUCUCAGUCACACGUGGGCUUCAGAAAUGCUAAGAAGUUGAACAUCCAGCCAGGACUUGUAAUACAGAACAGAACGGGUCAAGGAGACCCUGAGGACAAUCUGACCAGUGUACGACAGGACUCUCUCUCCACGUUUCACUCUCAUCGGCAGUAGGAUGCAUAUAUUUCUAUAUAGCUAGUGUGCGCAGUCAAUGCUCUGUAGCCUAAAGCAUAUGCAUAACUUUUGUUGCGCUUAGAAAAGAAAGCAAGAGGGGCGAGUUUGUUCUUCGUUUGAAAUGGCAAUCAAGUCAAUUUCCGUGAGUGUCGCUCUGUCGCUCUGUAAAGGAGAGUUUUUGUUUUGAAUGUAUAAAAACUAUAUCACUGUUCUGGUAUCGCAUAGCAUAUUUGUUUUUUAAAAUGCCGGAUUUGGCUCUACAGAUGGUUUUCUGUGUGCUGCUCUGUUCGAUCUCCGGGCGCGCAUCCGCGUGCCCUCUUCGUUGCGAAUGCUCAGAAGCCGCGCACACAGUCAAGUGUGUUUCCAAGUACUUGCGGAGUGUCCCGUCCGGGAUACCAGGGUACACGAGGAAUCUGUUUAUAACGGGAAAUCAGAUCAGCAGAAUUGGACCGGAAUCGUUCAAAGGGCUGGACAAUUUAACGACACUGUCACUGAGUAACAACAGGAUAACAGAGGUAGAGUCUCAGACGUUCUCCGGGCUGCGUUCCCUCCGUUCUCUGGACCUGAGCUCCAACCAGCUGGCUGUCAUCAACCCAGAGGCCUUCACUGUUCCGGGCCACACCCUCAGGGAGCUCAACCUCAGCCGAGCUCUCUACAACCACUCCUCUGUCAUGGACCUGGCUACGUCUCUUUGCUGGUCCACACUGGGGGAGCUCCGGACCCUGGACCUGUCAGGGAACAGGCUGAUCUACCUGCCCUCUCACGCCUUCUCCUACCUGGGUGGCCUGCGGAGGCUCAUCCUGGCCAACAACUCCCUGGCGGCCCUCCACAACAGCACCUUAUCUGGGCUGGACUCUCUGGAGCAGCUGGAUCUGACCCUCAACGCUCUGUGGACCAUCCAGGAGGAGGGCCUGGCUGAGCUGGACUCGCUGCCUACCGGGGCGAGUCUCCUUCUAGGGGAGAACCCCUGGACCUGUAUCUGUGGCAUGGAGCCCUUCGCUGCCUGGCUCAACUCCUCCCACGGACAUGUGGGGGACGCAGAGGGCCUGGUGUGUGCCUUCCCCCCAGACAUGAGGAACAUCUCUCUGCUGAGGCUGGCGGCUGGGGUGGCUGGACAGGCUGGCGUGGGCGGGGACAGGGUGGCGCUAGGGUGCCACAGGGUGAAUGAGGGGGCGGACCUGGCCCUCCAGACUUCCUACGUGUUCCUGGGGAUCGUCUUGGGCUUCGUGGGACUCGUCUUCCUCUUGGUCCUCUACCUCAACCGGCAGGGCAUCAAGAAGAGGAUCAAUGACAUGCGGGAAGCGUGCACGGAGGUGUUGGAGGGAUACCGCUACGAGCUCGACUCCGACCCCAGGCUCUCACAGGUCUCCACCACGGCAGACAUUUGAUGAUAUCAGGACACUCAAGGGGCUUCCAUGAUCCUUCUUUCAUAAUUGAAAACAUUGGACUUUCUUUCUAUUGCAUUUAUAAGUAGAGAAGAUCAUGUAAACACUGUACAUAACAGUAAGUAUAUAACUGAGCAUUGUUAUUGUUUUCCCAGUAGCUAUGUCCAUGAUUAAAGCAUUCACUGUCUGUCUGAUCUGUAGUCCUUCGCAACCAGUCCUCCCUUUUAGUCCGCACAUUGUCUGAGACUAGGGAUUACCCCUGGCUAACAAAUAAAUGGGCAUGGACUGUGAAAGAGAACUGUUAUACUGACUGACUGUUCUUCUACAAUGAUUUUCCCCUCUUAAAAGAGGUGCUUCUUUGUCUGUCCUAGAGUGAAGUAUCACGUGAAGGAGUGAAACGACAAUUGGACAAUAUCAUUUAUGUAUGUUUUGAAUCUUGGAACUGAGAAAAGAUAUGGAUGAAUAUACUUACAGUGACUUGCGAAAGUAUUC